AUGAUGACCAUGAACGGCAAGCAGCAUUUCUCCAUGCACGCGGCCCUGCACGAGCCCAAAUAUUCCGGCCUGCACGCGGGCUCGGAGGGCAUGCGCAGAGUGUGUCUGUCUGCCCCACAGGUACGUUAAGGCAAUCUAUUCGGCGGCUUUGAUGAGAGCCUGCUGGCACGCGCAGAGGCGCUGGCGGCUGCUGACGGCAUCGUCCCGCACGGCAAGAGCCACCCGUUCAAAGCAGACGUGACUUACCAUACGAUGAGCAGUGUCCCGUGCACCUCCUCCUCCGCCACCACCGUGCCCGUGUCCCACAGCAUCUCCUCCCACCACCACCACCACCACCUCCUCGGACCUCAGAGCCUGGAGGCCGCAGACCUGCUGGACCACCUCUCCUCCAGCCUGUCCGUCACGGGGAUGGGAGCCCCCCAGGAGGUGCCGUCGGCCCACCACCACCACCACCACCAGCAGCACCAGCAACACCACCACCACCACCUUCAGACCAUGGGCCAGUUGCACCAGGCGAUGGCCAGCAUGCACCCACACGCGCUCUCCGUGCACGGCAACGGCGGCGGCAUGGCGUGCAGCGUCAACGACGUGGAGUCGGACCCGCGCGAGCUGGAGGCGUUCGCGGAGCGGUUCAAACAGAGACGGAUCAAACUCGGGGUGACGCAGGCGGACGUGGGGUCUGCGCUCGCCAACCUGAAGAUCCCCGGCGUGGGCUCCCUGAGCCAGAGCACGAUCUGCAGGUUCGAGUCCCUCACGCUGUCCCAUAACAACAUGAUAGCACUGAAGCCCGUGCUGCAGGCCUGGCUCGAGGAGGCCGAGGCGGCGUACCGGGAGAAGAACAGCAAACCGGACCUUUUCAACGGGAGCGAGAGGAAACGGAAGCGCACGUCGAUCGCCGCGCCCGAGAAGCGCUCGCUGGAGGCGUACUUCGCCAUCCAGCCUCGGCCCUCGAGCGAGAAGAUCGCCGCGAUCGCGGAGAAGCUGGAGCUGAAGAAGAACGUGGUGCGCGUGUGGUUCUGCAACCAGCGGCAGAAGCAGAAGAGGAUGAAAUACUCUGCGGUGCACUGA